AUGGCAGCAGGGCGCACAGGGCUGCAGGGCAGCAGGGCAGCAGGGCGCGCGGGGCGUGCAGGGCUGCAGUGCCCGCAGGGCGCGCAGGGCAGCAGGACAGCAGGGCGCGCAGGGCUGCAGGGCGCACGGGGCACAGCAGGGCUGCAGGGCGCGCGGGGCGCGCAGGGCAGCAGCAAGGGCUGUAGCGGCAACAGCAAGGGCUGUAGCGGCAACAGCAGGGCAGCAGGGCGCACUGGGCUGCAGGGCAGCAGGGCGCACAGGGCUGCAGGGCAGCAGGGCGCGCGGGGCGCGCAGGGCUGCAGGGCGCACGGGGCGCACAGGGCUGCAGGGCGCACGGGGCGCACAGGGCAGCAGGGCAGCAGGGCGCACAGGGCUGCAGGGCAGCAGGGCGCGCGGGGCAAACAGGGCAGCAAGGCGCGCGGGGCAAACAGGGCAGCAGGGCGCACAGGGCUGCAGGGCAGCAGGGCGCACAGGGCUGCAGGGCAGCAGGGCGCGCGGGGCGCGCAGGGCGCGCAGGGCAGCAGGACAGCAGGGCGCGCAGGGCUGCAAAGCGCGCGGGGCGCACAGGGCAGCAGGGUAGCAGCAAGGGCUGUAGUGGCAACAGCAAGGGCUGUAGCGGCAGCAGCAGGGCAGGGGGGGGCGGGGGGGGCUGGUGCUGCAGAUCCCCUCCUGCCUCCCGCAGGUGCUGCAGGUCCCCUCCCCCCUCUGCUGCUCCCGCAGCAGGGGGAGGUAGGAGAAAGGUGGGGGACCUGGUGCUGCAGAUCCCCUCCUGCAGGUUUCUGGCGCCGGGCAGGUACGGGGCCGGGCUCUGGGCAGGUACGGGGCCGGGCGUUGGGCAGGUACGGGGCCGGGCGCUGGGCAGGUACGGGGCCGGGCGCUGGGCAGGUACGGGGCCGGGCACUGGGCAAGGAACGGGGGCCGGGCGCCGGGCAGGUACGGGGCCGGGCUCUGGGCAGGUACGGGGCCGGGCGUUGGGCAGGUACGGGGCCGGGCGCUGGGCAGGUACGGGGCCGGGCGCUGGGCAGGUACGGGGCCGGGCACUGGGCAGGAACGGGGGCCGGGCGCUGGGCAGGUACGGGGCCGGUCGCUGGGCAGGUACGGGGCCGGGGCGCGGGCUAA